UUUGGAAAAGAGAUAAAAUGGGGAGGGGGUGGAGAGGAUAAAUUGCAGCACCUCCCUGCCUGAGCUAACAUUGCAGCUCUUAGAAGAGGCAGAGCAGCACUGUACUGAGGAAGAGCCCUCGCACAGCCACCAUGCUCAGCACAAGACCAGUCCUGCUGCUCCUACUGCUCCUCACCUUCUCCCAGCACUGCGCCACAGUUCUGUACACACCUUCAGAAUGCUGCUUUGAUUACAUAAAGCUACGUGUCCGGUCUGAUGUGCUGAUGUCUUUCUACAAGACUCCCAAAGAGUGUUUUUACCCAGGAAUUGUGUUUGAGACCAGGAACGGGACCAAGAUCUGUGCAAACCCAAAGGCACGUUGGGUGGAGAAAGCAAUUGAGAAACUUCUCAAAAGGAAGUCGUCUGAUGCCUCCUGAUGCAGAGCAGACACCCCAGUUCAGGCUACCGAACUUUCUGAUGGGAAUAUUUCUACACAGCAUCCUGCAGAGGUCCCUGAUGCUGUUGGAUGGCACAGCCUCCCCAGAGCCCUGUGCUGCACUGACCAGCCAGGCACCAGAUCCUGGGAUGCUGCAGCCCUGCCAGCUUCUACCCAUGGAGCAAAUAAAUCAACCUCAAAUAAAGGUUUAGUUCACACACUA